UAGCCGUUAGAACGCUCGCGGAUGGAUACGUGAAGACCGAUAGCAAAGCGAUAUAGCGCGGUUCUCAAAUAAGGCGAAAACGUGGUUUUAAUGUAGCAAAGGCUUUAAAAUAAACCGGUGAAUAAAUUCAGUGUUAACGUAUGCGCUAAUAGUUUGAAAAGAAGCCACUUAGCGACUCAACAGGUCGAGGACUCGUCUAGACAGAAGGGUGGGAGUGAGUAACAUACGCAACAACAACCGGUACACCUUCCGUCUUCCUCCACAGCGGUCUCCAUUUUAACUCCUCGCCCAGCCUGCACCUCACGUGUCCUGGACUGUCUUUCUCACAUGACCCGUGUGUUUGUCCCCGUGAUCAGCGCUUCCAUCUCCCGUAUUUCAAGUGUCGCUGAAUAUCGCAUUUUUAAAUCCGUUCGCCUUCAUGGAUAUGCUCGAACAGAGCUUGGACACCUCGACGAGCCACGACAAACAGGAAACUGAGGAGGUUGUUCAUCUGCAGGAGGGAGAGGGGGUGGGGGCGGAGGAGCAGGCAGCGGUUACCAUAGCAAGUGUCCAGCAAGCAGCAGCUUUUGCAGACCACAAUGUUCAAUACCAGUUCCGGACCGAGAACUCUGGUGGACAGGUGACGUAUCGCGUGGUCCAGGUAACAGAGGACCAUUUGGACGCAGCAGGAGAUGGAGGAGCGGCAGUCAGUGUAGUGUCCACAGCCUUUGCCGGAGCACAGCAAGCAGUAGCACAGGCUGUCAUCCAGAACCCUUUCAGUAAUGGAGGCAGUCCAGCGGGGGAAACAGUCGGGGGGGAGACACGCUUCGCCUACUUCCCAGCAGCAACUGUCAGUGACGGUACAGCUGUCUCAGUGCAGGCCACGUCUGAUCCGACCCUCACACAGGCCGGAGGUCAGUUUUACGUGAUGAUGAGUCCACCAGAUGUUUUACAGACUGGAACACCACGGACCAUCGCCCCUCGUACACACACAUACUCUACAGACCUUGGUGAACAUGAGACUCUUCAACACAGCAAUUCAGACUGGAAGAUUGAUGGCCCCCGGGCGCCUCGUGAUGAGCGAAGGAGAGCACAGCACAAUGAAGUGGAAAGGAGAAGAAGAGACAAAAUCAACAACUGGAUUGUCACGCUGUCUAAAAUCAUCCCAGACUGCAAUAUAGACAAUACCAAAACAGGAGCAAGUAAAGGAGGCAUCCUGUCUAAAGCGUGCGACUACAUUAGAGAACUCCGACAGACUAACCAGAGGUUUCAGGAGAGCUACAAGGAGGUGGAGAGAAUACAAGUGGACAAUGAGCUACUAAGACAACAGAUUGAAGACCUGAAGAACGACAAUGCACUUCUCAGAGCUCAACUACAACAGCAUGGCCUGGAAAUCAGCGAAACUACAUCACAGUGACAAAAAAAAAAAACCUUCUCAUAAAUAAACAGUCUCAAGUGGAGAAAUAACCCUCAAUGACACACUUGUUCACAACUCAUCAUAGACUUAAGAUGUGCUGCAACUCAAGUAGGGUGUGAAUGCUUAUUUGAUACACAGACACAUCCUUCUGACAAGAGACAUUCUGACUAUUGUGAAAAUAAUAUCUGCUGUACAAGCACGUUUUGUUUUCUCCCUCACUUUCACGAGAACUCAACAACCUGGAUUCGGUCUAAAUGGAAUAACCCUCUUCUUCCAGAAGUAUCCCGCUUGCCAUAAGUCUUUGUCUUUAGUUUAAAUCUCUGAUUUGUGAUCCAGUUGUAUGCCUGCUCAUGCCUAAUGUUCAUGUUUUGUUUUGUUUGAAACACCUUGUGGGUUUUAAUUUUUCUUACUUCGGGCAAAUAGUACUACUAUAACAUGACAGAUUUUUUUUUCUCUCUCUCUUUUUUUUUUUUAAGGGUUCUGCGGUAUUGUAUUUAUUAGCUUUAAAGAAAUUGCGUAGCAGCAGGUAUACAAAACCUUUGCUAAUGUUUUUAAUUUGAUUGUUUUUCUGUCCAGCAGUCUUUCCAUAUAUCAGACUUUGUGAAAUGCAUUUAUCUGGCUGAUCAGAGACUUGACAUUGUGGCACAUCAAGAGUAAUUUACAGUAUAAAUUUGCUUAGAAAAGAAACAAAAGUGCAUAGAGUAUGUUUUCAUAUAAAAUAGAGACUUAUGAUAUCUAAAACUGCAUUACCUAUAAAUUUCAUUUUUCAGAGUCCAUUAUAUUUAAUGCACUGUGAUUUUAGUGAAGGAUGAACAAGUAGCUCAGGGUUUUGAGGUGCAGGAAAAUAGCCAAGGCUCUGGAACUCCCCACUAACCUUGUUAACCCUGCAUUUUUUGUCCUUUGGCUUUAACAUACUAGAAACAUGUACUGUAUAUAUCAUGUAUUUGAACCAGUUGUUGAAUUCCCAGGCAAAUAAAAUGGAAGAUGCACAAUAGAAACAAAUAGAAUUGCUACUGCUAGUAGUGUUCUGGCUUAUUUUGUUGAAGCUCAUCUUCCAUCUUAUUUUGUAACAGUCCUAAUUUGGUUUAAGACCGUGAUCAACAAAGUUUUGAACAAUAAAAUCAGAGAUGAGCUUUGAA